CUGGUUAUUAAAUACUACAUGUUUGACGAGCUAUGUAUCUGCUUUGCCAACCACCUGCUUAUAGCAUCAAUCACUAGCAAAUCUAUGUAUACGAGGGGAAAAAGAAAUUAAUGCGUCCAAGGUCUUUUGCCGCUUUUCCCCUUUUGUCUCCGCUUCUCGUUCCUCCUAGAUCAUUGCAGGAAUCUGACCACAUUAAAAAAAAAAAAGAGUCCAAUUGCCAUCACAAUCAUCACAGUCUUACGUUCAUUCUCUCCAUGGCGUCCCUCUAUGACGAGACAAACGAUAAAACGUAUCCACUCGAACCGAACGUUCCAUUCAUUCUUGGCAGAGGAGACAACCUCAACAUUCACGAUCCACGCGUCAGUCGUAACCAACGUAAGGAACUGCGCAAUUGAGUCGAGUUGCUGCAAACAACCACCACCACUGCCAGAUCCAUGUUUGAGAGCUUGUAGAACUGAACCUGCCACGCGUCUCUCUCCCACUCAAUUUUUUUUUUGCUAUUUUGAAUAUAUAAUAGUUGAGGUGAACCUCCUUGAAGAC